AGUUCGUCUCUUUCUCCAAGCUUCAUCGCCAUUGGAGAUCAAUCAAUAUCAAUGGAGGAAGAAAAAGCUGCAGCGUACUACGAUGAGCUUACUCGCAAAGGCGGUGGGGCCGCCAGAUUUAAACAAGGGCUUGGAUUUUCCUCUUCUUCACCCGAUGUCACCGGUAACAGCAACCAUAGCGAUGCAGUACCCGCCAGAGGCUCGGCUCUUCCAUCUUCUUCGUCGUUCCUCAGCAGUUUCGUCAGAGCUUCGAGUCCUUCUAAGUCUUCUGAUGUUCAGAAACAAGCUCAAAUCGAAUCUAUCCAAAACAAGCUCAAGAAAAAACCUAAUUCGUCUUCUUCGUCUAGGGUUUCAGACGAUCAUCAUUUUCGAGAUAGAGAAAGUGAUAAACAUUCUUCGAGACGUCGGAGAAGUAGAAGUAGAAGUAGAAGCAGAAGCAGAGAUGGUGAUGAGCGUUCGAGGAAUCGGCGUAGGCAUAGGUCGAGUAGUAGAGAUAGAGAUAGGAAGGAAGAAAAGGAUCGGUAUAGGGAUAGAGGUAAGGAAAGUUGGAGGAGGAGUAGAAGCUUGUCUCCCCUGCAUCGGAGAUCGGAAAAGAGCAGAGCUGAUGAUGAUGACAGGAAUGCUAGAAAGGAGAAAACCGGUAGAGUUGAUUAUGCAAAAUUGAUUGAAGGCUAUGAUAAAAUGUCACCAGCAGAAAGGGUCAAAGCAAAGAUGAAGCUCCAGCUUUCUGCAACUGCCAAACAAGACGAAGCAAAUGGCAUGGGAUCAGGAUGGGAGAGAUUUGACUUUGAUAAAGAUGCUCCACUUGAUGAUGAGGAGAUUGAAGCUGCAGAAGAUGAUGUCGAUUUAGUGAAGCACAUUGGUCAAAGUUUUCGGUUUUCUGCUGUGGAGGCAAGAAGGGAGGAAAAGAUCAAGGCUACUCAUGAUGAGGCCAUUUUUGGAAGUUCAUCGCUUGCACCACCUGUGGAUACAGACAGUGAAGCAGAAGGAAAUGAUAUUACAAGAGAAAGUCCCGAAACUGCCCCUGUUGCAACAAGUCUUAUAAGUGAUCAGGUUAGGUCAUUGCAACAAGGCUCAUGGCGUGAUCGGAUUCGUAAAGCUUGAUUGAGGAUUAAUCAAUUGUUUUAUGUAAGUUAUAAUCUAACCUUUGUCACCUCUUAUCUGUAAAGUAAAGAGAGGCAUUUGUGUGUGCUAAAUAAAAGGAUUAUGCAAUGGAUGAAAAUAUGAUAUGAGA